GCGAACUGAUGUGAAUUCCAGUGUGUGUGUGUUUGUGGGGAUAAUUUUGGCUCUUUGCUGUGUAAGUGUUUGGAGCGGAGUGUGCGUGUUUAUUUAUUCCCGGAGUUGUGGUUAAUAACGGAGGAGCUGUUUAGCCGUUAGCGAGGCUCCGGAGAGUCAGCGGUUGUAGCAGCGCGUGCAGAAGCGCGCGGGCCUCAGGAUGGAGGUGACGGAGAUCCGGCUGCCGGCGGGAGCGCGUGCGGUGCGGCUGCGGGAGUGGAAGGUGGAGCCCGGGGCGCCGGUGACGGUGGACUCCGUGGUCGCGCUCUGCGUGGCGAUACCUACCGACUCGGAGGACCAGGAGCAGCCGCACAGGGGGUUGGCGGAGAGGAAGGUGAAGUCUGACCGCGCUGGAGUGGUGAGAGAGCUGUGUUACCAGCUCGGAGAGGUCAUAUCUCCCGGGGAUGUUAUAGCAAGAAUAGAGGAAUGCAGCCACCCCAUAGUGAUGAAGGGUCUGUGUGCUGAGUGCGGUCAGGACUUAACACAGCUACAGAACAGGAACGGGAAGCAGCAGAACCCCAUCUCGACAGCAAUGGUGUCCAUGGUGCACAGUGUUCCUGAGCUGAUGGUCAGCUCAGAGCAAGCAGAGCAGCUUGGCCGAGAAGACCAGAAGAGGCUCCACAGAAACAGGAAGCUGGUUCUCAUGGUGGAUCUGGACCAGACUCUGAUCCACACCACAGAGCAGCACUGCCAGAACAUGUCCACCAAAGGAAUUUUCCAUUUCCAGUUGGGGAGAGGGGAACCCAUGCUGCACACACGUCUUAGGCCUUACUGCAAAGAGUUUCUGGAGAAGAUUUCCAAGAUGUACGAGCUGCACGUGUUCACGUUCGGAAGUCGACUCUACGCACACACCAUUGCAGGCUUUUUGGACCCUGAAAAGAAACUUUUCUCACACAGAAUCCUGUCUCGAGAUGAGUGCAUCGACCCGUUCUCCAAGACCGGAAACCUCAGGAACUUGUUCCCUUGUGGCGACUCCAUGGUGUGCAUCAUCGACGACAGAGAGGACGUGUGGAAGUUCGCCCCUAACCUCAUUACAGUGAAAAAAUACGUCUACUUCAAGGGGACGGGUGACAUCAACGCUCCACCCGGGUCACGGGAGGCUCAGCUGGCGAAAAAAAGCACAGGCAACCUUGCGAGUCAACCUCUGCAGACCACAUCUGUAUCAUUAGCGGAUGAGGGGAGGAAUAACGGGCAUCGGAAACAGGACAAGGAUAAAAAGUCUCUUCAUGAUGACGCUCAUGUGCCUGAAACUCAAGGAGCAUCAGCUAAUCCUGAUGGAAAGAGGACAGAAAAGUCACAUUUGAGUAACAAAUCCGACAUUAAAGUAGAAGAGUUGGAUGGCGCGGACGGGACGAGGCAGUCAGGUACCACUGAGGAGCGAGAGACUGUGACUGUAGCCGAUGGCGGUGACUCGGCUAAAGUGGGAUCGCCCCGUGACAAAAACGAUGAGCCCUUAGAAACCAUAAAACCAAAAGACACAAGCGUAGAUGAGGAGUGCAGCGGUAGAGAGGAGAACGGAGAUGGCGGGGUGGACGCGGACGGCGUAUGUGAUGUGGAUGAAGAGAGUUUGGGUGAUAACGGAUGUGACAAGAAGGAAACCGAGACGGAGUCUCAAAACAGCGAGCAGUCAGGUGUCACCAUGGGCGAGGAGUCUUUGGACCAUAGCAUGGUGGAUGAAGAAGAAGAAGAGGAGGAGGAAGACACGGACAAGGACGAUCAUUUAAUUUACCUUCAGGAGAUCUUGAUGCGCAUUCACAACGAGUAUUACUCGCGCUACGAGGCUUACCUCCGGGGGGACUUCUCCGAGACGCCAGACAUUCGUAAGAUCGUCCCUGAGCUGAAGAGCAGCUCUCUCGCAGGCACCAACAUCGUGUUCAGUGGCCUGUACCCCACAAACUACCCCAUGGAGCGAACUCGAGAGAGCUACCAUGCAAAAGCUUUGGGGGCCAAAGUUAGCAAGAACCUCGUGCUCAGUGCCAAAGAUCCCAACAGCACCACCCACUUAAUCGCUGCACGCGCAGGUACGGAGAAGGUCCGGCAGGCCCAGGCCUGUAAACACCUGCACGUGGUGAAUCCGGAUUGGCUUUGGGGUUGCUUGGAGCGAUGGGAAAGAGUGGAGGAGCAGCUGUUCCCGCUCAAGGAGGACUACACCAAAUCACAGAGAAGUAGUAGCCCAUCACCAUUUCCUGAUGUUCAAGAGCCCUUCCCUGCGCCUGUUAUCGACCCUGUUUCCAUCCAGCCCAAAGGCCGACCGCCUCCAGAGGUUCACACGUAUGAUUCUGUAACUGGGAAGUUGAUCCGAAGAGGCCCUCAGGUACAACGUCCUCCUCAAAAAUCAUCUGCGACAACAUCUGGACAUGAAGUACCCUUUAGGGAUAUGAGAUUUCUGCGGCAGGGAGAUGUCGACAGCUCAAGACCAGAUGAUGAGCAGCCGGCGCCGUCACGCAGAAAACGCCAGCCAAGCCUGUCUGAAACCAUGCCUCUCUACACGCUCUGUAAAGAGGACCUGGACAGUAUGGACAGAGAGGUGGAUGAUAUUCUUGGAGAAGAAAGUGAAAACGAUAGUGAGGGAAAAGAGAAGGACGAGAAAGUGGAGGGCGAGGAGGAAGACGAUGCCAGCCGUCAGAGUGCUGAACCAACAGAUUACCAACAGACCCCGGGCUCUUCUGUCAAAGACACGACAUCGACAUCUAAAGAAGAUCGCAGUCAGACUGAGAGCAUAGCAAGAGGUCACAAGAGGAAACGGCAAGACACAAGAGAGGAGGACGAUGACAUGGAUGGAGACAUGGCUAGCCAGUCAAGUAAAGAGUCAAACGAAGACGGUAGUAGCUCAGAAGCAGAUGAGAUGGCUGCUGCCCUGGAGGCAGAGUUAAACGACUUCAUGUGAACAGUGAGACAAAUGACGUUUGAAUCACAUCACGGCCCGAAUCACUGCAUCACCUCUACUCAUGGAAUAAGCCUGCGUGUGCACGUGUGCGUGCGUGUGUGAGAUAACUGUACAUAGAACAGCCGGUGGGUAAAUAUUUGCAAAUUGUAUAAACAAAUUGAAUUAUUAAGGUGUGAAUGCCGGUUAUUUGACAAAGCUGAUCAAUAUUUUUAUUGCAUUACCUUGGACAGUGAAUGGAUUUUCUUUGACUUUAUAAAGGUUUUACACAAAAAUAAAUAAAUAAUAAAAUAAAAUGAAAUAACAAAUUUGUGGUAACUGCCAAAGACUGUGAUGGGCAGCUAUAUUUUUUCAUAGGUUUCUGGUGUUCUCAAUUUAUUUUUCCUACUUUUUUGUCUAUGCACAAGAAAAACAAAAACAUUUUAUGAUGUUCUAUGACGUUUAGUUGACAUUUCUAGGUUAACUUGUAGAAUUGCUGUAAACAUUUACCUAAAAGUCAGCUUUCUUUACAGUAUUUGGGAUUUAUGUGCUUUUAUUUUUAUGUUCAUUUAAAAGUUGAUGUAUGAUAUUCUGCUUGUAUAUUCAAUUUCAUACUGAUUUUCCUUACUAAACAUAAUGUUGAAAAAUAAAGGUUUUAAAGAUCAAACACAA